AUGAAGUGGCUUGUGCUCCUCAGGCUGGUGGCCCUUUCAGAGUGCAUAGUCAUAAUCCCUAUAACGAAGAUGAAGUCCUUGCAAAGAAUCCUCAUGGAAAAUAACUUGCUGAGAAGUUUCCCGGAGCCACAAUCUUAUACCCUGUCCCAGAAGUUGACUCUUGACCAGAAUUUCUCAUCUCAUCCCCCAAGGAACCUCAUGGAUAUGGCCUACGUUGGCAGCAUCACCACUGGAACACCACCUCAAGAGUUCCGGGUCAUCAAUGACACCAGCUCGUCUGACCUAUGGGUGGCCUCUGUCUACUGCCGAAGUCCCUCCUGCUCUGCAUACCAGACAUAUGACCCCAAGAUGUCCACCACCUUCCGAUGCAAGUGGAGGAAAUUCAACCUCUACUGUGGCUUUGCAAAGAUAACAGGAGUUCUUGCCAGUGAAACUGUUCAGGUAAUGGGGGAACCAGGGGCUGAGACAGCUGUUGCCAAGAACCAGACAUUUGGCCUGACCAAGAAUAAGAUUGGUGGGUUCCUGGAAAAUUCACCUUAUGAUGGUGUCCUUGGCUUGGCGUUUCCCAGCCUCGCCAGGUGUGAAGCCACCCCCCUCUCUGACAACGUGAAGAGACAAGGAGUCAUUUCUGAACCUGUCUUUGCCUUGUUCAUGAGCAGUUAAACCCUUCUUCCUCCUCUCUUCAGCUGGCCACACAAGAGCAGCUUGCUGAUGCUUGGUGGGGUGGACCACGCCUACCACAAGGGAGCUCUCAAGUGGGUACCGGUGACCCAAGCCCGCUUAUGGCAGAUAACUGUGGACCGCAUCUCCAUAAACAAAAUGGUGGUUGCUUGUUCUCGCGGAUGUCAGGCUAUUGUGGACAGUGGGAGCUCAGUGCUGGCUGGCCCAACUCAAGUGGUCCACAACAUCUUCAAACACAUCAACCCCAAUCCCAAAGAGAAAAACCAGCAGUUGAUUUCAUGUGAUCAGGCCAAGACCCUGCCUCCUAUUAACUUCACUAUCAAUGGCAUGCACUUCCCAGUGUCCCCUAAAUACUACAUCCAGAAGGUUUUUGAGGACAUCUGCUUUGUCAGCUUUCAAGGGGGCACAGAAUACAUGAGCCCCUCAGACACCUGGAUCCAGGGUGACAUCUUCCUGAAAGCAUAUUUCACAGUUUUCGAUCAGGGAAACUAUAGGAUCGGCCUGGCUCCCUCAGUGUAA